UCAAAAAGUAUCAGUAUUAAUUGCAAUUUUUCAUUAGUCAAUUAUUGCAUAUUUUUCAUUUAAAAAUUAUUUCACGAUGAAUAAUUUAAUAAUUUGUCUCGUUGUUGCUUUUUGCAUCGUUCAGAUUAGCAACGUUCAAGCAGAAUCUUUAGAAGUUUUAAAAGCACGUUUGCAACAAUCCAAAGGAAAUGUCAAUAGAGUGAUCAGUGAUUUAGAACGAUCGAAAAGAAAUUUAGAAUUUGACUUGAAUGUUAAACUUUCCAACACUAAGAUCAAUUCUAUGCAAGCAGUAAAUGACAUGACGAAUCCUGCAAUGGCCGAAAUUCGUAAUGCUAUUAAAGCUGCUAAAGAACAAGGCAAAAAUGCCGAUCAUUGCUUAGAACCUGGAAGACUUGCCCUUAGAGAAAUUAGCCUAAGUUCAUUCGCUUCAUUAGAUUCGUGUGUAAGUAAUGCCAAACAGGGUAUUGUACCAGCACAAAAUAACAUGGAUGCUACCAUUGGUGUCGCCAGACAACUUCUCUCAGCAUUGGACAGCAUAUUCCCUGGUUGUUAUUCAAGUAAUAUAUUCCAAAUGCAAAGUUGCAUUUCUCUUGCCCUAGGCAAAGCUAACGGUACUAUCAGAAGUCUUCAAAGUACUGCCGAAAAUGUUAAAAGUAGUGGUAAUGUAGCAUCAAGCAAUUCUUACAUCAAAGGAAAUUCUUGCAUGUCUGGCGUUGUAUCCUCAACUCGUCCAAAAGUUCCUGUUGCUGUGAAUAACGCGAAAGCGUGUAUAGAAAGUGCUUAAAAAAAAAAAAAAUCAUGUGUGUUUAUCACACAAGUUAGAAGUAAAACUUUCAAAUAAACAAGUU